AUGGUGUCUUGGAAUGUUAGGGGGCUUAAUAAAGUAGGCAAAAUAAAGGAGAUUUGCUCCCGUCUCCAUGAGAUAAAGCCUACUGUUAUGAUUCUGCUUGAAUCAAGAGUGAAAAGAGAGAAGGUUGAUAUGGUCAGAGAUAAACUUCAUCUGACAGAUCAUUUUGUUGAUAACUAUGGUGAUCUUGAAAAUGGUAGGAUAUGGGUUGGGUGGAAUGGUAUGAAGGUGGAGGUGCAACUGGUGCUCAACUCGAGUCAGCUAGUCCACUGCAGGGAGAUUGAGAAAAUUCAUAAAAGCAUAACUGGCCCCUGGUGUGUGAUUGGUGAUUUUAAUAAUAUUGCAAGGGCACAUGAUCGUAUUGGUGGCAAGCUGGUCACUGAAAAAGAAUACAUUGAUAUGCAGAAUAUGAUGAUGAAAACAGGUUUAAGUGAGAUGGACAGCUCAUGGGACUAUUUUACAUGGUUUAAUAAGCACACUAUUGACCCAAUAUAUUCUAGAAUAGACAGGCUGAUUGUUGAGGACAAGCCUAAGAGACAAUUUAGAUUCAGUAAUUGCUUAGAGGAUAUGGUUGGUUUUAAUGAUGUUGUGCAUAAUAGUUGGAAGCAGAACAUUGGGGGGACUCCCAUGAUGGUGCUUUGGAAGAAGCUAAAGAGACUGCAAAAUGUGCUAAGAAGAUUCAGUCGGCCCCUGACUUACCUGAAACAAGACUUGGCUAAAGCUAGAGAUAACCUGACUCAAGCCCAGACUGAUCUAAACAACAACAGAUGGGAUGUCAACAUCACAGAGAGAGUAAAUAUCUGCACUGAAAAGUGA